AUGUCCAAGCGACAGGCUUUCGAGCCUCUCGAAGAUGUCGUCGAUGCGCCAUCACCAGCUUCGAAGCGAGCGCGAGUGGAAGAUGUCGACAUGGACAAGCCGCAAGCAAAUGGCGCAUCCAAGAACGGGCGCCUUGUCUCUCCGCGACUGGUGGACAAAGAGAAGAUCGACAUGCUGGGUGCAGAUGCCGUAGAGCACGAAGAGCUUGAGGAAGCAGGGGCGCUGGAUGGCAUCGACGAAGACGAGUCAGCCAUGGCUGCGCCGAAGAGGCAGAUUGCACCAGAAGCUGGAUACACCGACCUGUACCUCGACACAAUAAAUCGCAAAGUCCUCGACUUCGACUUCGAAAAGCUAUGCUCCGUUACGCUCUCGAACAUAAACGUAUAUGCCUGUCUCGUCUGCGGAAAGUACUUCCAAGGCAGAGGACCGAAGUCGCAAGCAUAUUUCCACGCGCUCGAAGAAGGGCACCACGUCUACGUCAACAUGGAGACAAAGAAGGUCUACGUGCUUCCGGAAGGCUACGAAGUGAAGUCAAAAUCACUGGACGACAUCAAGUUUGUAGUGGACCCGCGCAUGAGCAAGACAGAAGUAGCGCGGUUGGACAAGGAGCCUAAGGUGUCGUGGGAUCUCUCCAACAAGGAGUACACCCCAGGCUAUGUGGGCAUGAACAAUAUCAAAGCGAACGAUUACUUCAAUGUGGUCAUACAAGCGCUGUCGCAUGUCGUACCUCUGCGAAACUACUUCAUGCUCGAACAUUUCUCGUCGAGACCUCAAAUUGCGCAAAGAUUCAGUACUCUAGUACGCAAAAUCUGGAAUCCACGCGCGUUCAAGACACAUGUGUCUCCCCACGAGCUGCUGCAGGAGAUUGCACUGCGUUCGUCCAAGCGCUUCAACCUGAGCGAGCAAUCAGAUCCAGUCGAUUUUCUCUCGUGGUUUCUCAACAACGUUCACUUGGCUGUAGGAGGCUCAAAGACCAGGCCUGGGUCGAGCAUUGUUCAAAAGGUUUUCCAAGGGACUCUGAAGAUUGAGUCGCAAGAGAUUACAGCGCGUGCCGAUGCAGGAGAUCGUUUGAGGUUCGAAGAUGCUGCGGUCAAGUCGACGAUCACCAAAUUCAUGAUCCUCACUCUAGACCUGCCAGCUGCACCGCUGUUCCAGGACGCGUUAGAGAAGAACAUCAUUCCUCAGGUACCCUUGACUACGAUUUUGAACAAGUACAAUGGCAUACAGCCCCAGGAGAAGAUGAAGGACCGAGUACGAUACCGCCUUCUGCACCCCCUCCCACCAUAUCUGCUGUUCAACAUCAAGCGCUUCAGCAAGAACAAGUUCGUAUCAGAGCGCAACCCCACUAUCGUCACAUUCCCUGUCACAUCGCUAGACAUGUCGCCAUAUGUCGAGCCCAAUCCAAAAGAACACCCACCCGGUGAGCCAAUCUACUACGAUCUCGUAGCCAACAUCACCCACGAAGCCGUCAAGAAGAAGGAUGACAGUGUAGAAGGAGAGCAGGAGUCUAAAGUCUGGAGGGUGCAGCUCAAAGAUCGGAGUCAAAACAAGUGGUACGGCAUCCAGGACUUAUUUGUCGAAGAUGAGAAAUCAGAUAUCCUUUUCACGAAAGAGGCAUAUCUUAUGGUUUGGGAGAGACGGAGAACAAAGUCAGCUGCGAAUGGCAGCAGUACAGGCAAAGCUUAG